AUGCGGACUUACUUCUACAUUGGAUUACUCAUCACAACCUUUGCAAUCAUUGCUAUUGUGAUGCGAAUACUCUACUUGACAUUUCCUACGUUAAAAGAGGAAGAUGCAAUGCAGCUAAAACUACCCAAAAACCUUAAUGACACAAAGCAGCUUGCUUUAUUGUUGGAAAAGUAUAACCACCAAUAUUUUUAUCAUUUGAUCAUCAUGUUUUGCGGUAUAUUUCUAGUGUAUCCUUUCCUACAAGCUUUUACAAUUCCAGGGACAAUAUUUCUUGUAAUUCUUUCCGGUUUUCUAUAUUCGUUUCCAUUGGCUCUCGCUAUAGUUUGCACGUGUUCGGCUUUUGGUGCUACAUUUAGCUACUUGCUAUCCGAUGCUUAUGGUAAAAAGUUGUUAACUCGUUAUUUUCCUGAACGUAUAAAUAGUUGGAAUACGCAGGUACAGCAACAUCGAGAACACCUGUUUAAUUAUAUUGCAUUCCUUAGAGCUACUCCUUUUAUCCCUAACUGGUUCAUAAAUGUAGCUUCUCCGAUUGUUGGGGUACCACUUUCUCCCUUCUUUUUUGGCACCUUAAUCGGUGUCUCGCCAUUAUGCGCUAUGUGGAUCCGAGCGGGUACUACACUCCAUCAACUGACGACUACUCGCGACGCCAUUUCACCUACUUCUGUCAUAAUUUUGAUUGUAUUUGCUUUGCUGGCAAUAUUGCCUGCGAUUUACAAGAAAAAACUAAGAGAAAAGUUAAGCUAA